ACGCGUUUGCUUAUCGCGUGGUGCUUUGCGAUGCAUUCGAGAUCGCAAAUUACGCUCGUGUGAUCGAUACCACGGAAAAGAUCGGCACCACUGGAACCACGAGUGGCUCGAUCGAGAGCUCCAGGGAAUCAUGAAGACGGAAGUGGAAGAGAUGACGAACGACAGCGUCUGCGACGGCACCGGUCCGAAUCUCGCUGCUCCUGAAACCACCGGCGGUCUGAUAGGACCGGAAAUGUCCCCGAGCGUGAUGGAGUGUGGCGGCUGCGGGGAACGUGUCCGGGAGCGUACAGUUCUCUGCGUCGGUGGACGAACUUGGCACUCGAGGUGUCUGAGAUGCUGUGCAUGUGCCAGACCGUUGCACGAUCAACACUCUUGCUUCCUGAAGGGAAUGCGGCUCUACUGCAGGCACGAUUACGCUCUGACAUUUGGCGCAAAGUGUGCGAAAUGUGGGCGAAGCGUGGGUGCUGGGGAUUGGGUGAGGAGAGCCAGAGAGAGGGUUUAUCACUUGGCUUGCUUUGCCUGCGACGCCUGUUCCCGUCAGCUAUCCACGGGGGAGCAAUUCGCCCUGCUGGACGCCAGGUUACUCUGCAAGGCUCACUAUCUAGACGUCGUCGAAGGCAACAACACUUCUUCCGAUGAAGGCGGUGACUCCGAGAGCGGCCACAAAAGCGGUAACAAGGCGAAGAGAGUGCGAACGACGUUCACGGAGGAACAGCUAUCCGUUCUUCAAGCGAACUUCCAGCUGGACAGCAACCCGGACGGUCAAGAUCUCGAGAGGAUAGCGCAUGUCACGGGGCUCAGCAAAAGAGUUACGCAGGUUUGGUUCCAGAAUUCUAGGGCGAGGCAGAAGAAGCAUCUGCACACGGGCAAAAUGAAAGGGCAACAUGUUCAUCAAUCACCUCCGAAUUCUAACGCGUCUACGGGUGAUUUCGGUCGGCACAUCAAUUUACAUCUGACCUAUUCCUUUCAACAUCAACAGCACCACCAUCACAGCCAUCAGCAGCCGCAGCUCAGUCCAGCUACGUGCAAGAGUCCCACACCUUCGAUUUAUCAUAAUCACGGCUCGGAACAAUCGAUGGACGAACUCUCGCAGGAUUCGAUGAUGUUGUCGAUGCCGAACGAGGUUUAA